CCUCUGCUGAACCGAGCCCCUUCUGCCUUUGGGAUGAUUCGCGUUACUUCAUAGCCGAGCCGUGCGUCGGGCCUGUGCAUAUGGCAGGAGUUUGCUGCAAGUGUCCAGCGUCUCUGUCGAUAUUUAAACGGUCCCUGCUGGUCUCCCCGCGGAGCUUCGGACCCGCUCCGUGGCCGCGGGUCCUCGGAGGCUGCAGGCCAGGAGAGCGUGGCGCGGCGGAGGGCUGCUGGGCCGUGCGCCCCGGUGCGCUCAGAGCCGCUCACAGACGCCCCGUGUUUCUCUGCUUUUCUUGCCAGGAGUCCAUGACGGAGAGUUUGCGGACGUGCUACGUGUAUUUAAACCAAACCAGCCGAAGUUUCGCAGCGGUUAUUCAGGCGCUGGACGGAGAGUUACGACAUGCAGUUUGCAUCUUCUAUCUGGUGCUGCGGGCGCUGGACACCGUGGAGGAUGACAUGAGCAUCCCGCUGGAGAAGAAGGUGCCCAUGCUGAAUGACUUCCACACCUACCUGUACCAGGCUGAGUGGCGCUUCACCGAGAGCCAGGAGAAAGACCGACGGGUCCUGGAGGACUUCCCCACGAUUUCCUUGGAAUUCAGAAACCUGGGUCAGGAAUACAGGGAUGUCAUUUCAACUAUUUGCCACCGCAUGGGGGUGGGGAUGGCUGAAUUUCUGGAGAAAAAAGUGGGAUCCAUGAAAGACUGGGACCAGUACUGCCACUAUGUGGCAGGCCUGGUGGGAAUAGGCCUGUCUCAGCUCUUCUCAGCGUCCCAGUUGGAGGAUCCCGAGGUGGGGUGGGACACCGAGCUAGCCAACUCCAUGGGCCUUUUCCUCCAGAAAACCAACAUCAUCCGUGACUACUUGGAGGACACGCAAGAGGGACGUGCCUUCUGGCCACAAGAGGCAUGGAGUCGGUUUGCGGGUCAUUUAGAGGACUUUGCCCAGCCGGAGAAGUUGGAAUCAGCCCUGUCUUGUCUCAACCUACUGGUAACUGAUGCUCUGCGACACGUACCGGACGUUAUCGCCUACCUGGCUCGCCUGCGAAACCAGAGUGUCUUCAAUUUUUGUGCCAUUCCACAGGUGAUGGCAAUGGCUACCUUGUCAACAUGUUACAACAACCCAAUGGUGUUCCAGGGAGUCGUGAAGAUCAGAAAGGGGCAGGCUGUUACCCUCAUGAUGGAAGCCACCAACAUGACAGCGGUGCAGAGCAUCAUCGGCCAGUAUAGCCAGGAGAUAUUACAGAAGGUCUCCCUGACAGACCCGUCACGGGAGAAGACCCUGCACAUCCUGGCGCUCAUCAGAGAGAAGUCCUCUCUGUCACAGUCAAUCUUGCCGUCCAGGACCCACCACCUCUCCCCUAUGUACCUUUCCGCUGCCAUGCUGGUGGCGGCGCUCAGCUGGCAGUACCUCAGCAGCACCAUAGCACAAGCGCAGGGCACCGGGGACAUGCAGGGACACUGAGCUCCACGCUUUGCUCCUUUGGCCCUCCUCUUUCCUGGAUGGAGCACACACAGACUGACCCCGGAGGUCGGGGUUCUCCUCCGUCUGGUGGGAAUCUGAGGCACCCAUGCCCAUGUUUCAAUCCACUUCACAAAGGCCAGGACAGGGCCAGACAGACUACGAUAACAUGGGGUUACUAGUAGUGUCUUUUUCCCCCAGUGCAUCUUCAUACACUACUUACACUUUACUGUUGGGUGGUAAUUUUGUCAGGAUAUGCAGCGUAUUUCUGCAAUUCAGGACUUAUUGUUGUUUGAUGUGUACUAUGUAUUGAUGUUUGUUUCCCUUUUUUUUCUCUCUCCAUUUGCCUGAUUCAUGUGUGAGACCUUUUGAUCCAGGAACUAAGCUGAUUAAGUUCAUUCAGUACAAUUAUUUAAAAAAAAAUCUUAUAGAAAUACUUCCUUAUGUCCCUAGCUGUGAAUUAUUAUCAUGUAAGCAUGUUAAACUCAGUUUGAAAAAGACCUUUUAGCGAAGUCACAAAUCAAGAACACGGUUGAUAUUGACGAUUACAUGUCGAUAAUGCGAAAGAGCUUCAUUGACUUAACCGUUAUCAUCUUAUUGUCCCUUCGUUUCCAUUUCCAUCCCAUCUUUAAAUUCAGCCUGUUGUUCCACUUGUUGAAUGAGCGGCUUUAAUGUAAGCUAAAAUCAGCGAGCUGCCGCAAACGUGCACUCAAUCUUAUGCUAAUAUGCUAAAUGUUAGCAUACAGUAAAACCUCACUUCCAAGCAGAAAUCGGUCCCCAUCAUCCCGUGUUUGUCUUUUUCUCCUUAAAUCAAAGUAAAUUAAAAAUGGGGGGAGGGGUACUGAUCAAGCGUAAUCACCGUGAUAUUUGUGAUAUCACAGAAAUGUUAUGAGACCGCUAGCUAAGUGUCCUUAAUACAGCUUUGGUGAGUAGAAAGGCUAGAAACAGGAACCUUGUACAGAGCCAAAGGAAAAAUACUUCGAACAUUGCUAUGUAAUGUGAAAUUUGAAUUUGUACACAUUAACUGAGCAGAUAAUAAAGGAAUGAAUGGAUUUAA